AUGUUACUAUAUAUGAUGACCUUUAUAUUGAUUUUACCAUUAAAUGGUGAACGAAAAACUUCAUAUCGAAGUCCAUUUUCAUGUUUUAAAUGUACACAUCAUGAUAAACCUCAAGAAAUGAAAGAAGCAGCAUGUAUGAAAAAAUUUGAUUUAAGUAAAUAUACUCAAGAAGAAUGUCAAAGUGAAAAUGGUCCAGGUAAAUGUCUUAAAGCAUAUGAAAAAACAGAAGCACGUACAAAAAAACAAAUUGAAGAUGAUGAACGUUCUGUAACAAUACGUAAAUGUGUAUCACAAGGUGAACUUGAUUAUUUAAAAAAUAUACGAAAUAUUGAUACAAGUGAUGGUUGUCAUACAAUACGUUCAACAAAAACAAAACAUAAAGUUUAUUGUUUUUGUUCAAAUAAUUUAUGUAAUAAUACAAUAAGAAAUAAUUCCAUAACAAUAUUUAUUCUUAUUUUUUCUUUAAUUAUUGUUAGUGUUUUUUUAUUUCGAAAAUAA